CGUAUCGUGGCUACCACGAAAGUUACUAUACCGCAAGAUGGUCAGGGUGCUAUACGAGCUGAAAGUACAAUAGAAACUGCACCACCGCAGGCACGUCAGAUGAAUGCUUUAGGUGACAUAGAAUAUAUUGAUGAAGCACCUGCUUGUACACCACAAAAAUCGAUAUCUACGCCAGCUACGAUUAAACCCAUAACUCCAGUAAUUACUCCGAGUACUACAGGAACUCUCAAACGAGGUCAUAACUUUGCCAGAAAAAAGUUCAUAAAGCCGGAGAUAUGCAUCAAUUGUCAAAAAAGAAUACGUUUUAAUAUGGACGGUCUUCGUUGCCGUGACUGUCCGGUGCGCUGUCACAUCAACUGUCGCCCACAUCUAACAAUCUGCUGUGUGCCUGGUACACCUACAAACAAAGGGUUGAUGAGCCAUUUAGCUGAUUAUGCGCCGGUAGUACCUCCAAUGAUUCCAGCUUUAAUUGUUCAUUGCGUACAUGAGAUAGAAUCUAGGGGUUUGCAGGAAAAAGGCAUAUAUCGGGUUUCUGGUUCUGAACGCGAAAUUAAGGCCCUUAAAGAACGUUUUCUAAAAAACAAGACAAUACCCCAUUUGGGCAAUAUUGAUGUGCAUGUUCUCUGUGGAUGCAUAAAAGAUUUUCUACGUUCUUUAAGCGAUCCUUUGAUACCCAGAACUUUAUGGGAAACUUUUUGUAACGCCGUGCAGAAUCAGUCCGAAGAAGAUAUAGUUAGGCACCUAACCCAAGCUAUUGGCCGUUUGCCACAGCCAAAUCGCGAUACUUUAGCUUUUCUUAUUUUACAUUUUCAACGCGUGGCUGAAUCUCCCGAAGUCUCAAUGCCGUUAAAGAACUUGGCACGUGUAUUUGCACCCACUAUAUUUGGCAAUUCUUCAGAUGACCUUGAGCAGGGUGCCAUAUUGGCUGAAAUUUAUUCACAAUGUACAAUUAUGGAGCACCUUUUAAAAAUCCCCACAGAACAUUGGAUUCCUUACGUGUCUUUAGAAACAGGAAAAGAGAAUUCUCAAAACUCUACAAAUUUACUACGUACCCCAAGCCGGCAGAACAAGGAUUUAGUGUACUCACUAUAUGCCACUCCGUUUAAAACGACUUUGAAAAGACGUAAAUUUUUUGAAACGCCACCGGGUGGAAAACAUUAAUUGCGUUGAAUUUAAAAUCGAUAUUUUUUGUGAAAGAAUUUAUUGCAUUUAAUUUAAAACCGGAAUUUUC